AAAUGAAAUAAAAGUCAAACUUUCUACAUCUCAAAACAAAAGAGAGAGAACUAUCAAUUUUGAUCAUUUCAAAAACAACAACAAAAAUCUUGUAUCAAUGGAAGACAAAACGGCAAACAUACUAGCCAUCUCAUUAAUCAUCAAUCUCAUCGUACUAAUCAUAGUUGCUAGAUUCAUAUUCAAUCUAACCGAACCAUUUUUUUUAAUCAUUGGAGCAUCCAUAGCAUGUAUUAUCUCAAUCAUAGCUUUCUAUUUCAUUAGACUAAGUUUCCACAAAAGGAGACGUAAAAUGGAAACUAUACUCGCUUCAGAAGGCAAGGAGCUACGAAUCGAGUAUAGUUUCCUAAGGAAAGUCGCAGGACUUCCUACAAAAUUCCGUUUUAAAGACUUGGAAGAAGCUACAGAUAAUUGGAAGUCUACAAUAGGAAAAGGAGCAUCUGGGACGGUUUUUAAAGGAGUGUUAAAAGAUGGUACUAAUGUCGCGGUUAAAAGGAUACAACAUGGUGAGGAAAGAGGGGGAAAAGAAUAUAGAUCAGAAAUCGCGGCCAUUGCUAGUGUACAACAUGUUAAUCUUGUUAGAUUAUUUGGAUAUUGUGUUCAUACAAAUAAUGUUUAUUUUCUUGUUUAUGAUUUCAUUCCAAAUGGAUGCUUAUCGAAUUGGAUCUUUGCUAAUAAUAAAAGAGGUGGUGGUGGUGGUCCUCCUCGUGGUUGUUUGUCGUGGCAACAACGAUAUAGAGUUGCCAUUGAUGUAGCCAAAGCUUUGGCCUAUUUACAUGACGAUUGUCGUUCCAAAGUACUACACCUUGAUGUCAAGCCUGAAAACAUCCUUCUUAAUGGAAACUACCAUGGGAUCGUCUCGGAUUUUGGUAUUUCCAAGCUUAUGAAACGAGACGAUAGUAGAAUUGUAACGUCGUUGAGAGGCACAAGGGGCUACAUUGCUCCAGAAUGGUUGCUUGGAUUAGGAAUCUCGGAGAAAUCCGAUGUGUUUAGUUAUGGAAUCGUGUUGUUAGAGCUCAUAGGUGGGAGACGAAGCGUGAAAACUUUUCAAGCAGAUGGAGAGUCAAGAAAAAGGUUUGAGUACUUUCCAAAGAUUGUGAUUGAUAAAUUAAAAUCGGGUAAGAUAAUGGAAAUUGUGGAUCAAAGGAUGUUAGCCCUCGAAGACAUUGAUGAAAAUGACGUUAAAAAAAUGGUGAAUGUUGCAUUGUGGUGCAUACAACAUAAGCCAAGACGACGUCCACAGAUGGUGGAGGUCGUGAAGUGGUUGGAAGAGCGUGUCGCGGUUGAGCAACCACCAGAAACAACCAUGGUAGUCGUGGAUCUAUUGUCGAUUAAGGAUGAACAUGGUGAAAAUGGGGAAUGGCAAAAUCGUAAUAAAAGGAGAAAGCCAGGGGUUGUUGCGAGAGUAGCUUCGCAAAUAAAUGGUUGUCUAGUUGCUAAUAAUGUGUCCAUGUCAAGGUCCAAAUCCUUCACGUAUUCAAUGUCGAUAAUUGCUCCAAGAUAGAUAUAUUAUAAUGUAUGUAUGUAUGUAUGACAAGUUGACAACUAUGAAAUGCAGACGUAGUCAAGUAUACCUUUUUUGAACUA